UGCCUUGGCGACCUGGUCCAUUCCUCACUCAGGCGUUGAGGAGAACAAGCAGGGGAAAUUUUCGCAAUAUUUUCGCCAAUUUUUUUUACCUUAAAAUAAUGGGGCGCCCACUUUUCGCCAUAUUUAUCAUCCUCACCGCCGCCUCGCUGGGGUCGGCGACAAUUCAGCAAUGCGGGUCGGUCACGCUGUCCGUCACGUCGGCGGGAACGUUGCCUUACGCGAUGUCGCACACCGCCGCGGUUUACAACAAUUACAAUUCGAUCUACCUCUUCGGCGGGCUGAGAUCCGGAACCACCCAGAUGAAUCAGAUUUACAAGUACUCCAUGUCCACGCAAGCGGUCACGCAGGUUGGAACGUUAGGAAGCACGCGGUACGGCGGGGUCGUGCUGAAAGAUGGGGUCACUUUCCCGAAAUUCAUCUUCCUCGGGGUGGACGGGGACGGAUCAGCGCAGGAUCCGAUUUUCAAAUUUGAUUCGUUUAAUAAUAACGCGUUAUCGGAGAUUGGAUUGAUUCAGACGGUGACGGAAAACCUCGCCGCGGUGGAGUCCACGGGGAGCCAGGCGUUCGUUUUUGGGGGGCCGAAUUAUCCCUGGACGAAUAUUACGCAAAUGGAUAUGAGGUACGGAAACAACUCCGUCGUCGGUGACCUUCUCAUCGGAAUGGCGAACAAGGGAACCGCCGUCAAUCCCACGGGCGGAAGCAACAUCACCAUUGUCGGCGCUGCCGUGACAGACACCCAAUUAGAUUCCCGCGUCCUCUCGUUUCACCCCUCUGCCUACACGUCCGACUUCCUCGCCACGAUCCAGGACCUUCCCGACCUCGACCAUCACACAUCCGCAUACGACUACGACAACAACGUCCUCUGGAUCAUUGGUGGAUACAAUGGAGAGGCGGGUCAGCCGAUUAAUGGCAUCUACCAAAUCGACAUGGCCACGUUGGCCGUCCAAUUUUACCCCGUGGCUAAUUUCCCCUCCAUCGGGAAUAACUGGUUAGCCGCGUCAUCCGCCAUUUAUGCGCAGGGUCGCUACAGGAUUUAUUUCUUUGGCGGGUUAAUGCGCGACUCGAGCAUUCCGGCCGAUCCGGGUACUCAGAAGAAUAAUAUUUGGUACAUUGACCUCACCCCGGCGUAUUGUUGUGGCAAAGGCACCGGCCUUUUCCCCCAUCCCAACGACUGCACGAAAUUCCUAAGUUGCGCGAACAGCAUCACGAGCAUCCUCCAGUGCCCGGCGCCCCUCUAUUUCGAUCCGGUUUUGAGGAUUUGUAACUUUUUGAACUUGGUGUCCUGUGCGUUGAGUAAUUUGUUGCAGUUUUAAGAGAUGAUUGAUUUUAAUGAUUAAUCCACUUAAUAAAUAUUUAAAGAGAAUGUAAAAAUAAAAUUCGAGCUAAAAAGUAA